GCGUUGUUGUGAAUUCAAUAUGGCGAUAAUUAGUGUUGUGUCCGUUUACGAAAAUAAUUAAAGAAAUAUCAAAGUUUACGAAUAGAAAAUGCUUUUAGGUAAAUUAGUGAAGUAAAAUGAGUGUGUUCCUUUAAAUUUGUAGUGAAAUUAAAUCGAAUCCGGCUCAAGUUAGUGUUUUCGAAUCAGCGUGUUUGCAUUCGAUUGUAAAUUUCCGAAAUCUCGUUUAAAAACGUCGCGAUUAUAUUAAUCAAUCGUAGCCGAUUUGCUUAUUAUCCAGGCGGAAUGUGGGAAAAUUACCAGUCCGGCGAGGAUUAAUCAGAAUUUACCAUGACUGAUACAAGGAGAAGAGUAAAGUUAUAUGCACUAAACGCCGAUCGGCAAUGGGACGACAGGGGCACCGGCCACGUCUCCUCGUCGUACGUGGACCGGCUGAAGGGCAUCUCCCUCCUAGUCCGGGCCGAAAGCGACGGCUCGCUGCUCCUGGAGUCGAAAAUCCAGCCGGACACCGCGUACCAGAAGCAGCAAGACACCCUGAUCGUAUGGUCAGAAGGCGACAACUUUGACUUGGCUCUCAGCUUCCAGGAGAAGGCCGGCUGCGAUGAGAUUUGGGAGAAGAUCUGCCAGGUCCAGGGCAAGGACCCGUCCGUGGAGAUUACUCAGGAUAUUGUGGAGGAGUCUGAAGAUGAGCGUUUCGACGAAAUGUCGGACUCCGCCCCGCCUAUCGAGCUGCCGAGCUGCGAGCUGAGCCGCCUUGAGGACAUUAGUGAAUUAAUAAGUAACUGUCUCAGUUCGCAAGUAAGGAAGGAAAAAUUAUCGGCGGCGAUUGAGAGUGACGGUUAUAUUCGUAAAUUAAUCAAUGUGUUUCACAUGUGCGAGGAUUUGGAGAACAUUGAGGGCCUCCACCACCUGUACGACAUUUUCAAAAACAUAUUUCUCUUGAACAAAAACGCGCUGUUUGAGGUUAUGUUUAGUGACGAGUUGAUUUUUGACGUUGUGGGGUGUCUGGAGUACGAUCCCUCGUCGCCGACGCACAAACAUCACAGGGAGUAUCUGAAGCGGCACGCGAUGUUCCGGGAGGCGAUUCCUAUCAAAAACGCUGAAUUGUUAUCAAAGAUUCACCAGACGUUUCGCGUGCAAUACAUCCAAGAUGUGGUGCUGCCGACGCCGUCGGUUUUCGAGGAGAACAUGUUGUCCACGUUGAGUAGUUUUAUCUUUUUCAACAAGGUUGAAAUCGUGUCGUUAGUUCAAGAAGACGAAAGGUUUCUAACUGAACUUUUUACCAUGUUGACCGACGUUAAUACGUCAGAUUCAAAACGAAGGGACUUAGUGCUGUUUUUAAAGGAAUUCUGUAAUUACUCGCAAAAUUUACAACCGCAAGCUAAAGAAACAUUUUACAAAACUUUAACGUCUUUGGGAAUACUGCCAGCGCUAGAAAUCACAUUGGCCAUGGAUGACCAAAAGACCAAGACUGCCUCAAUUGAUAUACUUACGUACAUUGUCGAGUUUUCACCAUCUGUGGUCAGAGAGUAUACUUUGCAGCAAGCCAACAACACAGAAGAGGACCAAAUCCUGCUGAACAUAAUCAUCGAGCAAAUGAUCUGCGACACGGACCCCGAACUCGGGGGAGCCGUCCAGCUAAUGGGUGUUUUAAGAAUUCUACUCGAUCCGGAAAAUAUGCUCGCUUCAGUCAACAAAUCGGAAAAGACCGAUUUCCUCAAUUUCUUUUACAAACAUAGCGUCCAAAUCCUCAUAGCACCACUUUUGGAAAACACGGCGCACGGCGAGCCCCAAAAAGAGGACUACCGCAGCGUCCAGCUCCUUGGCUUGAUCUUGGAACUGCUGUCUUUUUGCGUGGAGCAUCACACGUAUCAUAUAAAAAAUUGCAUCCUUAAUAAAGAUUUACUGCGUCGAAUAUUAGUACUAAUGAAAUCGACACACAAAUUUUUGGUUUUAUGCGCGCUCAGGUUUAUGCGAAAAUUGAUCGCAUUGAAAGACGAAUUUUACAAUAGGUACAUUAUCAAAGGUAAUCUUUUCGCACCGGUCGUGGACGCGUUUGUGCGAAAUAACGGCAGAUACAACCUGUUGGAUUCCGCCAUCAUCGAAAUGUUCGAGUUUAUCAAACUUGAGGAUAUAAAAACUUUGUGCUCGCACGUCGUCGAGAAUUACGGAAAAUGUUUAGAUAAUAUUUGUUACGUGCAAACGUUCAAAGCGCUGAAAACGAGGUACGAUCAACACCAGGAUAAGCUGAAGGAUAGGGAGAGAAAUAACUUGGACGGGGUACCUUCGAUAUUACGUAAUAGCCGAUAUAGGAGAGAUCAGAGACAAAUGGAAGAAGAGGAAGAAAUGUGGUUUAAUGAAGAUGAUGAUUUUGACGAAACGGAAUCAGUGUUACCUAGUACCAAUGACAUUUUAACGAAGAAAAUUGAUACGGACUUGGAUAGUAUAGGGAAAAUUAUUGAUAAGAAGCAGGAGGCGAACGGCCCCAAAAUUAAUAAUAAUUCUUCGCAGAAACCGACUGUGGUUCUUAAUAAUAACGCCAAUGCGGGGGUCCAGCCCCCGGGGUCUCCGGUGCCGAACGACACGAAAACACAACUGUUUAAAAGGGGUUUGGUGGACUACGAGGGCGGCGAUUCGGACGAGGAGGACGAGGAGAACGGCGAGGUGAACAAAAGGCCUCGACUGUCAUAGUCGAGCGGCCAAUCCGCAGGUGAGUGCGACACAAACUGGUGUGACGUGCGUCCAAGUGUGAUCUCAUAGUGAUGUGUAUGGAGGUAUGAACGGUCAAUUAUCUCAACCGGUGCUGUUUCUCAAUACAGUUCAAAAUCUAUAAGCAAGUUGUGAAACUAAAAAAAAAAACGGACGGAGACGAGUCAUUUCCGCCACAAACAUUGUCUGCCGCAGCGCAACGGCUGUAAAAGCACAACUUUUUUAACUUCCUUUUGUAUAAAAUUUCUCAGUUGUAUUAUACAAUUACAAAUCUUUAAAAAUUCAAUUCCAUGUACAUGAAUUAGGGUUUUUCUAAAAAAGAUCUAGUUAUUUAUGAAAAUGCUGUCUCUUGAAGAAAAAGUUAUAUUUUUAUGGAAGCUGUACAUAACUUCGUCAGGUUUUAUGUCAAAAUUUUGAAUGUUUUUAUCUUUGGUUUGUAGGUUAUGAACGUUUGGCGUAAGUUACUUCUAACUUAUCAUACAUUUUUCUGGUGGGAAAUUGUGUCGCAAUUUAGAAAUAAAUGACGUUUCUAAUACACAAUCAAAGAUAAAUAAAAACGAUUAUGAUGGUAAUUAUAAUGUUACUAUACAAGUUCUAGAGAACGAUGUGAAAUUAAAUGUAGGCUAAGUUAUUAUAUCUAGAAAGUAGAUAGCAUUAGUAUCGAAUAUAUCGUCUAAAAAGUGCGUGUAGUGUCAUUGGAGUGCUUAGAUUGUAUCAUACUUCGUACUGUUAUGUCGUCAGGUUUGCUAUGUUUUAAAUUGUGAUAUCAGCUAAAUAGGUUAAUAGUUUCUCUUGAGUUUGACGCUGAAAAAUUACUUAUUAAAUAAUAAAUUGAAGGAAAUAUAUUAUUUAGUUUACUUAUAUCUUGGUGUUGUAAACAUUAGAAUGAUUUUGUAAUUAUUAAUUCCAUAGAAAUGUGGCAGUAUGAAGUGUAAAGCUAGACUAAAUCAAUAUUUUAUUCUUAACUUUAAUUUUGUAAUUAUUGUGAUGAAUAAAUUAUGUUUAUUCCUA